CGGCGUCCGAGAGAAACCACCUCGUCGAAGCAGAAGCUACCUAGGUAGACGAGGAUCCCGAAAACACUGGGACCAGGUCUGUCCUUGACACGCACGCUUAUAAGGCGACAAUGUCAAGCCAGGCAGAUACUGGCGUGCCUGUGCUGCAUGGGCCCGAUGGUGUGGGCUACAAGUUGCUCGAGCUUCCCCCCGAGCUUCUCGCACUCCUGGAGUCCGACAGUCCUCCCAUCAUCACAAUCGAGUCUGGCUCAACAUCUGCGGUCCUCAAGACGCCAACACACUCCUGGGGCUUGCGGCAAAAGAACACCUCCAACGCUCUUAUCCUCCUCCAGGCGGCACAGUCGGAGCCUUCUGCAGGAGAGCCCUCCGUUUCAGAAGUUCCGGUUCCAUGCUUGAAGGCUAUAUCGACUUUGCACGACACCAUUGAACUUGUCACUGAACCUUCGGCGACAGCCGCACCAGCCUCCAGGGGAAAGUGGCACGAGAAGUUCGCAAAAGGGCGGUAACGGCCCCGUUUACUUCACCCCUGCAUUCAAUAGACUGCUCUCUGAACCAUUGCAUUCGCAUGGUACUCCCCGACAUCUCCCGUGGACACAUAGCCUGCGAAUGUAUAUACAGAGGGCUUGCCAUGGUGGAUCAUUCAACGCCGUCACCGCAUAGUCGCAGCUUGACCCAGCAGCAAACGUCUCACGUGUCACAAAGCGUGGCAAGCAGACUC